AUGGACUCUCUUUCGAAGAAGAUUCAGAAUCUAGGCAUUCACGAUGUCAGAAAUGCAGGUAGGUUCAUGCAGAACAUGCUCGUUCAAUAUGAGCCAUACCAGAUCGAUAUUAGAAGAGCCACAAACACAGACUCGUGGGGCCCCACUACUAAGCAUCUAGAGAAAGUUAUAAGAAACAAGUACCAGGUGCCUUUGUUUCUUAUGACGGAGUACAUUCUGAAGAGGAUCAUCGACCAUAUUGCUAAGAAACCGAAAAAUCUUUACGAAAAGGCAAGGAAAGAGUACGUCAACUACGGCGCAGAAUGGCGUGUUAUCUUGAAGUGUUUAGUCGUCUUGGAGUUUUUGAUGUUGCACGUCGAGGAUGGUGAAGAGUUGAAUCAGAUUUUGAACUGUUUGUCCACCCACAAACAGAUCCUAUUCGACAAGGUUUUGAACUACAGCAUUGAGUUUUCUAAUGACGGGAAAAUGGAAACACAUGAAAGAAGCAUUAAGAAGAAGUGCGAGCAGGUCAUCAACCUAAUGGACGAUAGAACGUACUUGGACCAACAAAGAAUCAUUAAGAAGAAAAACGAGAUGAAAGUCAGUGCCUCGGGCUCCACGUCUUCAAAUUACAACUAUAACGGUGGCAGCAGCAUCAUUGGAGGAGGGAGAGGCAGUUACACUGCCUCCAGCACAAACCAGUACGGUAUGAGCGACUACAAUGCGAAUGCCAUGGAUUCCGUCGAGUUCGAAGUGCCUGAAGACACAUUCACUGGCUUGGACGAUAGUCCAGAUGGAUCUUCAUCGAAUACAGCAGGUAGGGCACGUAGACUAUCGUACAUUGAAGAACAAAGAAAGCAAAGAAGAGAGAAACUAAGAGAGAAAAUAAAACAAACAGAAUCCGAAAGAAAACACAGCAAGGAAGAACAUAUUUCGACACGAUCUAAACCAGCACAACCAGAAGAAAUCCCAGAUCUGCUAGACAUGGAUUUCGAUUCGCCUGUAGUAGGAUCCACCACCACGACAAGUCCUGCUAUUGUUAAGAAUAGCAUAGAAGUUGACGACGAGGACGACGAGGACGACGACGAGUUCGGAGAUUUCCAAACAGAUAACAAGUUAACAGAUAACACCACCACAGAAACAACAUUGAACACAACUACAACUACAACUACAAGCACUACCACCCCACAAAAACCAAACGACCUCUUUGCAGAUCUAUUUGCAAACUCGAAGUCAUUGAUUUAG